UACCUGCCAUAUGAGAAGGUGUCCCCUAGCAUGUUACUUGUUAUCCGAUAUAUCUUAGUAGUAAUAAUGUCGGUAGUUAAUUAGAGUUAAUCAGUUAAUGUUUAAUUGAGUUGUAAUUGAUGGUUUAGAUGAGGCCAUCUGGGGUGUUAAUAACCGUUAGAUAUUCGUGGAGAUACCUAGCUAUAUAAGGAAGGUCUGUAAUGAGAAACUCUUAAGAAAUGAAUAAUCAAAAAGAUCGUUUUAACGAUUUAGACUGUGUUCCUUGUGAACCAGAAGGCUUGAUCCGUGAGGAUUGAGAGAUUAUCAGCGUUUAUGAUUCAGUUCUUGUUAUUGUAUAUCUAGGUACAUAACAAUUGAUAUAAGAUUCACUUUACUGGGUUAAAUUUCUCAAUGGCGGAACUUCAACAAACCUCGCAGAGUAUACACCGCAGUUUGGAUCUGAUUUGUAAGUUCCUCAACAUUCCCAACCCUCACCCCAACAACACUGAUGCUUCAAUUGAGUUUUUAGAUUCGGCAGCAAAAAUUGGAUAAUCUACUACACCGAUUAGAGAUUUCAAGGUUGUGGAAUCUGAAGAGGCAAUACCAAUUUCUAUGGGUGUCGAUGAAGAAGCAGAUGAUUUGCUUGAGUUGGAAUCGAUUCCUCCAUUUUUAUUUGUCGAUAAUGAAGAAUUUGACUCUUUAGAGGAUUUGAUUCCUCCAUUUUUAUUCGAUGAAGCAAAUGAAGAUUCAACCACUGCUGUAAUCUACUCAAUUGCAACCAGAUCUGCGAGUUUUCAAUUCAAUAAAAUCGUCAAAGCUGAAGGGAAAUAUUUUGAAAGUAAGAAUCAGAUGAAAUUGGGGUAUGAAUCAGUUUUGAAGAAUAUCAAUUCAAUUCUUCUCUCAUGUGCUAAUUCAGUUGAAAUUCAUGGCGAGAAGAAGAUUUUUAUUCAAAUAGCUUAUAACAGUGGAAUUGUGUUAGGCAUGUUGGUCAGUGUAAUUGGUAUGGACACUUCUAAGGUUACAAGAAUUUAUUAUUCCUAGGAUACUUAUACGGUUGGUUCUGUUCAACUGCUUAGGGAAGUUUUUUCUUCAGCACUGAGAAGUUGUAUCAACUCUGGUUUCUAUGUACAAAUGAUGAAAAUGGUUUUGCUCAACUGUAUGGACUAGUACAUCUAGCACUAGAAGAUCAUGAAUCUCUUUCACAGGCGAUAGAAAUUCGUGUCUCAAUUGCUGCAGAUAACUCUCAAAUUGCAUUAAUGUUGCUGGUCUCUUCCUAUAUGCUCAAAGUUGUAAGUUCAGCAGAUGAACUUGUUCGAUCCAAUUUUUAUACUUCUACAUUGCUGCAUCCGCUUUCAAGAAGUUUUUUUAGCUUCUCCAGACUUUCUCAAAUUAUUAAGUACAAGGAUACGACGAGUUACCAAGUCGUAGUUCUUAUCAAGUCUGCUCAUCGGAUAUAUGAUAGAGGAAAGAUGUUCAUUAGUCAUGGUUGUUUCUCUUUCUCUGCUACUAGUGAAUAUUGUGUGGUUGCAAUUACUUCUGGAGUCACGGUGUUCCUUAUAUCGACAUGGAUGGCUGAAUACGGGUAUGGACAGAUAAUGACAUUACAGUUGCUGCUUACAGGGAUUCACAUUCCAUUAGUGUUUGUGGUAUCCUUACAGUGGGAACUAAAUUUGUUUCUUAUGGCCUUCUGGAGUGAAAGGAUUGUCAGAAGAUUGUGUCCCCAUUCUCAGAUGUUUGUUCGAGUUUACUUUUCUCUUACCAGGCUUGUGAGCUCAUAUUGUACCUCAGCUGGCAAUGUCUUUUUACAAAUGCUUAAAGCUGAAGGUGUCCAGGUAUUUCUGAUAUUUAUCGUAAGCAUUGAACCUUGCUACUUACACUAUGAUCAACAUGACUUAUAUGUCCGUAUUCAACUAUGGAGUUUGAAUGGUGGUAAUUGUUUUUCAAUCUACUUUGUUUACACUUGUUACUUACUUAUUUGAUCGUGGGAAAGGGUUUGGUGGAUAUAUUAUGGAUCCUAACAGUGGGACAUUUAUCUAUGAGUUUGUUUUGGAUCAUGGGUACCAACUGGAUUUGUUAUUUCCAGCCGUCAUUCUGUUUUUAUUUGUGUGGUUGUCUGUGGAAGCUGAGAAUAGUAUUGGUAGUCGUAAGCUGUAUGAGAGACAUAUUCUUGUGCUUCAGAUUCUUUAUAAACAACGUGAAAUCCUCUUGGCGGUCCUUCCAGCUUCUAUCUCCAAUAUGAGCAGUCAUUUUUAUCUCCACACUACGGGGGCCAACUUUCAAUUCGCGUCACUGAGGGUAUUUCCUUUGAGAUGGAAGUUUGCAGCAGAUAAUGAUGCUCAGCCCAAUGAUAUAUUGAAGCGCUUACAGUCAGGGAUUGUAUUGGUAGUCAAUUUCUGGGAGCUAGAAUAAUGAAGGGGCACCUAGCAUUUCUCCUUAUAUCCAAGGGUAGGUUUGAGUUUGCAAGGGUGUGGCAUGACAAGGAAGGAAGAAUUUUUCUUCUGUUUUGGUUCACAAGGGAGUCACACUUCUUAUACAGCAGAACUUCCAUACAAGAACUGUUAUCUACCAAGGGAGGUACAACAUAUCGGGCAUCACUACAACCUGGACUGUAAGAAGUUCUCCACACCAAUUGAGAUGAUAAGUACCUUAGCCUCCAUCUUGUUCCUCGCUGACAUAUUUACAAGUGAAGCUGCUACUAAAGUCUGCUCAGCUUCACAUGUACCUGCCAUAUGAGAAGGUGUCCUGCGACUAAGUUCUUCAUCCUUGAGGACAAGGAUGUUUUCAAGGAGUGGGGAAUGUCAUGUACCUGCCAUAUGAGAAGGUGUCCCCUAGCAUGUUACUUGUUAUCCGAUAUAUCUUAGUAGUAAUAAUGUCGGUAGUUAAUUAGAGUUAAUCAGUUAAUGUUUAAUUGAGUUGUAAUUGAUGGUUUAGAUGAGGCCAUCCGGGGUGUUAAUAACCGUUAGAUAUUCGUGGAGAUACCUAGCUAUAUAAGGCAGGUCUGUGAUGAGAAACUAUUAAGAAAUGAAUAAUCAAAAAGAUUGUUUUGACGA